CUUCCUCAGGCCCCGCCCCGGGCGGCCUGUUUUUCGCCCCCAAACUACCGCAAAGACGGUUACCGCGCUCGGAACCAGGCGCUAUGGGGCUUCCUGAGGAGCGGGGCCGCGGCGGCAGCGGGAGCGGGGGCCGGGAGGAGGCUGGAGCGCGGAGCCGGCCGCGGAGUUGGUCUCCGCCGCCCGAGCUCAGCCGCUCCGCGCACGUCUCCUCGCUGCAGCGCUACCGCGAGCUGCACCGAGUCUCCGUGGAGGAGCCGCGAGAGUUUUGGGGAGACAUUGCCAAGGAAUUUUACUGGAAGACCCCAUGUCCUGGCCCAUUCCUCAAGUACAACUUUGAUGUGACUAAAGGAAAAAUAUUCAUUGAGUGGAUGAAAGGAGCAACUACCAACAUCUGUUACAACGUACUGGAUCGAAUUGUCCACGAGAAAAAACUUGGUGACAAAAUUGCUUUUUACUGGGAGGGCAAUGAGCCAGAGGAGACUACCCAAAUCACAUAUCAUGAACUUCUGGUCCAAGUGUGUCAGUUCAGCAAUGUUCUCCGAAAACAGGGCAUUCGGAAGGGUGACCGAGUGGCCAUCUACAUGCCCAUGAUACCAAAGCUUGUGGUAGCAAUGCUGGCAUGUGCUCGCCUUGGGGCUCUCCACUCCAUUGUGUUUGCAGGCUUUUCUGCAGAGUCUCUAUGUGAGCGGAUCCUGGAUUCCAGUUGCAGCCUUCUCAUCACUGCAGAUGCGUUCUACAGAGGGGAAAAACUUGUGAAACUGAAGGAACUGGCUGAUGAGGCCCUGGAGAAGUGUCGGGAGAAGGGUUUCCCUGUGAGAUGCUGCAUUGUGGUCAAGCACCUGAGGAGGUCAGAGCUGGGAACAGGUGACUCUCUCAGUCAGUCCCCCCCAGUUAAGAGGCCAUGUCCGGAUGUGCAGAUCUCCUGGAAUGAGGGGGUUGACUUGUGGUGGCACGAACUCAUACACGAGGCAGAGGAUGUGUGUGAGCCUGAGUGGUGUGAUGCCGAGGACCCGCUCUUCAUCCUGUAUACCAGUGGCUCCACAGGCAAACCCAAGGGUGUGGUACACACAGUUGGAGGCUACAUGCUCUAUGUGGCCACAACCUUCAAGUACGUGUUUGACUUCCAUGCAGAGGAUGUGUUCUGGUGCACAGCAGACAUUGGCUGGAUCACUGGCCAUUCCUAUGUCACCUACGGACCAAUGGCCAACGGUGCCACCAGUGUUUUGUUUGAGGGGAUCCCCACAUACCCGGACGUGAGCCGCAUGUGGAGUAUUGUGGACAAGUACAAGGUGACCAAGUUUUACACAGCACCUACAGCUAUCCGCCUGCUCAUGAAGUUUGGAGAUAAGCCUGUCACCAAGCAUAGCCGGGCAUCCUUACAGGUAUUAGGCACAGUAGGAGAACCCAUUAACCCUGAGGCCUGGUUGUGGUACUACCAGGUAGUAGGUGCCCAACGCUGCCCUAUUGUGGACACCUUCUGGCAGACAGAGACAGGUGGCCAUAUGCUGACCCCCCUCCCUGGUGCAACACCCAUGAAGCCUGGUUCUGCUACCUUUCCAUUCUUUGGUGUAGCUCCUGCAAUCCUGAAUGAGUCUGGGGAAGAAUUGGAAGGUGAAGCGGAAGGCUAUCUGGUAUUCAAGCAGCCCUGGCCAGGGAUCAUGCGCACCGUCUAUGGGGAUCAUGAACGCUUUGAGACCACCUACUUUAAGAAGUUCCCUGGGUACUACGUGACAGGAGAUGGUUGCCGGCGAGACCAGGAUGGCUAUUAUUGGAUCACUGGCAGGAUUGAUGACAUGCUGAAUGUAUCUGGGCACCUGCUGAGCACGGCAGAGGUGGAGUCAGCACUUGUGGAACAUAAGGCUAUCGCAGAAGCAGCCGUGGUCAGCCACCCUCAUCCUGUGAAGGGCGAAUGCCUCUACUGCUUUGUCACCCUGUGUGAUGGCUAUACCUUCAGCUCCACUCUCACCGAGGAGCUCAAGAAGCAGAUUAGAGAAAAGAUUGGCCCCAUUGCCACACCGGAUUACAUCCAGAAUGCACCCAGCUUGCCUAAAACCCGCUCAGGGAAAAUCAUGAGGCGGGUGCUUCGGAAGAUCGCUCAGAAUGACCAUGACCUGGGAGACACAUCUACUGUGGCUGACCCAUCUGUCAUCAGCCAGCUCUUCAGCCACCGCUGCUUGACCAUCCAGUGAACAAGACUGCCCUUUAUCACGGACUCCCCCCUGCUUGGCUUUCCAAAGUUUUGCCCACCCUCCCUGCCCCCAUCCAGGAGUGCUAAGGGUCAGGGCUGACCCACACGGAGGACCAGCUUUACCCCUGGGUGGAGGCAACUUUCUGUAUUGCCAGGAAGAUAAGACAGGACCCAGGUCAGUAUCAGGCUGCAAUGCUUGCAAAGAGCUCUUGGAGCCCAGAAUAGGGACAUGAAGGUCAUGUCCCCAAACCAAAUUGAGUGUUCGGAGGGCAGGUGAAGGCCUAGACUGAAGAAGCAGAUAGGCAGCUCUAUAAUCCUGUCAACUCUCAGGAAGCACCAGUACCUACCUUGGGCAUGCACCUACCCUUACAAACACCCGUUUAUGAGACCUGGAAUAAUUAUUACUUUUAAAAACACUUUGCUUCUUCUGCUCUGGGUCUUUGUGCCAGAUGGCAGUGCUUGCCUGCCCAUUUGCUCCAGGGGCUGUGCAAGCAGGCUGUUUCCAGAUGGUUUCCAGAUCAUUUGCUUCUUUGCAAGAGUAAAUGUGUUUUGUCCCUAGGGCCAGAGGAACUUGUCUUCCUUGCCCUCUGUUCCCACCCUCAUCUGAACACAGCUGUGCCCAUGACAGACACUCUCAAAUGAAACUCUUUUCUUGCCUUUGUUCUGCUCAAGCCCUGUGGUUGUUGGAAUAAAGUCUGUGACCUCAAGAA